CGUUGAAAUAUAUCAUCCUGAGCUUUAAAAGGCCAAGCUUUGGCUGCCCAAGCAAGUUCUUGAUGUAGUAGAGGAAGAGGGAGAAUCGAAUCCCAAUCUUCUAACCUUGGUCUCCAGCCAGCCAAGUAGAGUGGGAGAGAGGGGGAGAUGACGUAGUCGCUGCAAUCAAUGCUAGAAUGACUUGGUUCUGGCUAGAACUGGAGCCUGGAGCGGUUUGCCUCACCUGAACAACCAAGUCGCGGACCAAGCAAAGCGACGUCCUUCGAGUGUGGUCAGUGGACAGUGGUGGUGUCGGAACAAUGCCCUUCUCACUACCCUCUGCCUAUCCUCUGCCCAUUCCUUCUAGUUCUAAGCGAUUCAAUCGCUGCACCUUUCCCGUAUGCAGCAGAUCUCAGCGUCCCUUCAUCUGCUCAGCGCUCCGGCCCGAUGAGAUCUCCGAGAUCGUCCACAACAAGGUUUUGAUUUCUUCCACCGCUGCCGCUGCACUCGGCCAAUUCUCUAAGCCCUUCACUUCUGCUUUGAAUGGGAAGGGCGUCGAUUUUCGGGCAGCAAUGCGAUCGGGAGGCAUGCCUUCAGUUCAUUCGGCAAGUGUUAUUGCUGCGGCAACUGCAAUUGGGUUAGAGAGAGGAUUCGCAGACCCCAUUUUUGGUCUGUCCGUGGUUUUUGCAGCCAUUGUCAUGUAUGAUGCUCAGGGCGUGAGAAAGGAAGUUGGUGCUCAUGCAAAAGUGAUAAACAGCAGACUGCUUGGUGCCCAAAGCAACCGAAUCUCUCUUGCGGAAGGAAGGGAUACUUUAGCCGUUGUCAAUGAAUUUGACUCAAGAUCUACAGGAAUUUCGAAAGAAACCAAUGCUCCAUUAUUAUCGCCGGCCGAAGAGCUGGUGGCGGUUGAAGGAGGAUCUGAAGCAGCGAAGUUUAGAGCUACCAUGUUGAACAAAUAUCCUAGCAAUGUAUAUAAACCUGAAGAAAUCAAGUCUGAUGUUAUGAAUGAUGGUGCAAAAAUGGAGCAAGAUCACAAGUAUGUUGUGUUAAAAGAAUCAGUUGGCCAUACAGAGAGUGAGGUUCUUGCAGGAGCAGUCUUUGGUUUUCUUAUAGCAAUUAUUGUUGGUGCGAUUUUGUAGCGCAAGCAUUAGUGAUAGGCUCCAUUCAUUACUAGAUAGAGCAUCAAAGGCUAGUUAUGCUCAAAUUUAUGUUACUAUAUUCCGAUCUUUGCCUUAAGAAACGUCUUUUUACGCAUCUUUCGACUACCAAGAUGGUGUAAUGUGUACUUCAUAUAAAGCAAUUACAUGUAAGGACAAGCAAGAACAGCAUCGUCUCCAA